AUGGUGAUGACAAUGGAGGUGGCUCGGAGCUUCUCUCCAUCUCUGCACUGGACUUCACUCUCAGCCGAUCUCUUGCACGGGCUGUCCUUGGAGCCUCGCGCCGAUCCCAAAUCCCCGGAGCUGUCUACGGAUGAGUCCCCGGACGCAGAGCGGGACGCGCGGUGCGCUCGGGCGCAGAAGGCGCGCGGCAGGAAGCGGCGCGUGCUCUUCUCCAAGGCGCAGACCUUCGAGCUCGAGCGCCGCUUCCGACAGCAACGCUACCUGUCCGCCCCGGAGAGGGAACAUCUGGCCGGGCUGAUCCGCCUCACGCCGAACCAGGUGAAGAUCUGGUUCCAGAACCACCGCUACAAGAUGAAGCGCGCACGCGCCGAGCACAGCGUGGACGCGCUGCAGCUGCUGUCGGCCCGCCGGGUCGCCAUCCCGGUGCUGGUGCGGGACGGAAAGCCGUGCGGCCGGGCUGCAGCCAGCGAGCUGGAGGCGACGCUGAGGUCCGGCCUGAGCCUGCCGCUCUGCGCCUACUCCCCCCUGCUGCACCCCGUAUACGGCCCGGAGCAGCACCCGGGGGUGCAGCAGCACCCGGGGGUGCAGCAGCUGGCGCACGUGUACCACUGGAGCUGGUGAAGCCCGGCGCAAGACUUGUGCGUGCCCUCUUCGUGAGAUCGUAACCGGCCUUCUGCCCUGUCAGAAUAUCAUAAAAACCGCUUCGGCCUCGAAGUGAAAUCCGUGUUUUUUGAAAGGAGUUUGGCACAAAUUUUAGAGCGUUUAAUUCUUGUAACCAAGGAAACGAGUUCACACGUGUUCAUCUUCUUUGGUGUCUUUGGUGACCUCGCUCAGACGCGCGAGCCGUCUAAAACUACCCCGCCCCCUGUAAGAUAGAACUGAUCACAGCAAAUGUUUUAGCAGUUUUUGUGCGAUUUAUUCUGAUGUCGUUUACGUUGUGUUUGCUGCAACAACAACAAAGUCACUUUUUUUCUGAGAGAUGUUUUUUGUAUGUGUUUCAUAAAUCUAUUUAUAAUGUUGCCCGGUGAGUUGGUUUUGUAAUA